AUGUACUUCACCUAUCUUCCUCCCCCCGCCGAUCUUAUCCCCCGCUGCCGCGACGCUCCCCCUCCUGGGAAGUCCUGCCUUGUCAAUGUGGAUGAGGACCUGGAGGAGCUCCCAUCUGACGAGCCAUUCGUCCGGAAGUCUGUCCACUUCGCGGAUGAUGUGGACCUCGUUCAGGUGCGAGUGAUUCCAGCCCCUAAAGACAAGUGGCGGAAGGACCUCAUCAAUUACUCGCCGCAUCGGUCAGCCAACAACAAUCGGCUCCCCAGCCAAAAGUUGAAAUCACCGAAACGCCGAGGACCCAAAGCACGCUCUGCUCGGCCGCACGUGCGAUGUCCCGGUCGUUUCGGUGCUGCGUAUGCCGCUGAACCCAGUUCUCCCCGGUUCGAACCUUCCUCGGAAGGUUCCCAGGCUACGCCGGCAGCCGAUUGUUCCAGUGAUGCGGCGACUUCCUUCCGUGGGCAACCACCAGCGACAGCUAAGUGCGGACCACUGCCAGAGACCAUCCGUCAGGGCCCAACCAUUGAACCUGCCAUGGACGGUUCACAUGCUGUGGCUUUUGACAUGUCGAGAUUGACAAGUGCGCUUCCUGAGAGCCACACCUUCGAUAUGUCAGCGCUGCAGCAUGCACUCCCUGAUCUGGAGGCUACUGGUAGCGCAUUCGACUUGGCUGCGCUGGUGGAAGCCCUGCCCGAUCUAGAUGGGUCAUCCGGUACAUUGCCCCUAACGCCUGUACCCAAGUCCUUGGCUGCGCCAUCCACAACCAACUCUCCUUCUGAGGCUGGGCAUUCACGUGUGGUCGUCCAGACCCAUGUCCAGGUUGGGCCCAUGGUCCGCGCCUGGUUCAGCCACCUUAGUUGGGCCUUGUUUGUGAUGGCGUUCAUCUUCCCAAGACUUGCGCCAGCCUUGCCAGCCGUACUUGCGUUCCUUCUCAUUGUUGGGGCAUGUACCAGAUCCUGA